AUGCUGUCGUUGAGGCCCAUUGCCCGCCUGCCUUCACUGCUAGGCCGGCAGGUGGUGUCAUGCCAUCGGAAUUCCCCCGUCACAUUCCACCUUGAUCGACGACGGUACAUCUCCGCUUUCGGGUAUACGCAGUCGAAAGCCCUCGUUUUCUCCAAGUAUGGAGAACCAAAAGACGUUCUUAGUUUACACUCUUAUUCCAUCUCUCCGCCCCACGAGACCCAAUGCACAGUUCGCCUCCUUACAGCUCCUUUAAAUCCCGCGGAUAUCAAUCAGAUCCAAGGAGUUUAUCCGAGCAAACCUCGCUUCACCACCGAACUUGGCACAGCGGAACCCUACGCGGUUCCUGGCAAUGAAGGAGCUUUUGAGGUGCUUUCGACGGGAGCGGGUGUUAAAAACAUCAAAAAAGGCGAUUGGGUCAUUAUGAAACGGACAGGCAUGGGAACAUGGCGAACACAUGCUCAGUUCGAUGAGUCAGAGCUUCUGAAGGUUGACAAAACCGGAUUGUCUGCUCUACAGGUCGGGACAGUCGGCGUCAACCCUGUGACUGCCUAUCGAAUGAUAAAGGACUUUUGUGAAUGGGACUGGAUGCGUAGUGGAGAGGAGUGGCUUAUCCAAAAUGGCGCAAACUCCGGUGUUGGACGCGCAGCCAUCCAGAUCGCGCGUGAAUGGGGCAUCAAGACCAUUAACGUCGUCCGUGAGAGAAAAACGGAAGCGGAAACGGAAGCUAUCAAGGAGGAUCUCCGAUCCCUAGGCGCAACGGUUGUUAUUACCGAGGCCGAGCUCCUUUCAUCGUCAAAGCUGCGCGAGAUCAUCAAACAAGUCACGCGCCAGGGCAAAGAGCCGAUUCGUCUCGCACUGAACUGCGUGGGCGGAAAUAGUGCCACCGCGCUUUCUAAAGUCCUAGCUCCCAACUCCCGCGUGGUCACGUACGGCGCGAUGGCAAAGCAACCUCUUAACCUUCCCUCGGGCCUUCUAAUCUUCAAAAAUAUCAGUUUUGAAGGCUUCUGGGUGUCGCAGUGGGGGAACAGUAAUCCAUCACUGAAGGAGGAUACGAUAAAAGAUAUCCUUCGUAUGACUAGGGACGGCAAGUUUAAGGAUAUUCCCGUGCAAGAGAUCAAGUGGACACGCGAUACAGAGGCGGAAGAGUUGGCGCAGGAAGUCCAGGGAACGCUGAGCGGGUUUAGAAGUGGAAAGGGGGUGUUCGUAUAUGAAGGCGACUGA